AUGACCAAGCAAAAACAAUUCCUUCCUGGGGAGGGUCUGUUGAUUCUGGAGGUACAGGAGCGGCUUUUGAAGACUCUCGAACAAUGCUGCCUGGAACUUCUUCAUGACAUUCCAGAGCCCACCCUGACAAGUGAUUCUUUUCCUAUCCUACCAGAACCACUACUCAAACCUGAAAGUGAGAUUACUGGGUUUGAAUCUUUGGGUAUCAUGGCUGCAGAGUUCCCAUACCGCGUGCCAGCGGAACUUGAUCUUCGUCUGAUCGAGUCGCUGCUGGCCGCGAGAGCUGCUGCUGCGGAAGAUCACCUUUGGACUUUGCGAGAGGAUCCUGAUUACUUUUCCCGGGCUGUCCUUGACGCUCAAGACCAUGGGCAGGAAAUGUUGAAGGAUACUAUGGGAAUCGAUCACCCAGUAUUCAGCCACGGACAACGCGAUGUUCUUUGGGCGCGCGUAAUCGGCUCUGUCGUUGUGAACGCGUACAUCGAGCUUGAGUACUUCUCGGAACUCAGCAGCCAAGCCAAGAAGUUGGCGUCAAUGCAGGAGAAAUAUGCUCGCGACAUAUCGCCUUCGAAGGAUCUGCCUAAGGAAUACCUCGAGGCCCUGCUCCGAUUCCAAUUCUAUGUCAGCCAAUCGGCCAAAGGACCAUUGGGCAACCUCAAGUUCGCCGCUGUGGCCUCUCCACCCCUGCGAAAGUUCUUCAUCCGCGAGCCGCCCGCCGAUUAUCAGUCGCCGAAGAUCCGUGUUAUUUCGAGACCAGGUUUCAAGAUGGAUAACGUGGAGGAGCAAUUAGUUUGGUUGCUUCGCACGUUGUGGGAGGAUGGGACUGACCUGUUCCUGGCUAGUAUGCCUCUGGUGAUCGAUGAGAUAGAACGACUUAUCCAAUCCGAACCCCGAGCAGGACAGUUACUCUCUUCUAGAAUUACCGCAAUCAUUGGUGAUCUCUCCAUCAUCUCCCAAUGUCUGAAUCAGCUGGGCCUGUAUCAUCCAUGGGCCAGAUCCUUUGAGUCUGAAACUGCGGAUCGUAAUGAGACUUUGCAGAAAGAAUAUGCGCAGAGAACUCAAUCAUUGGGCAAGAUCUUGGCCGCCCUCCACGAGAAGAGCAUAUCAUCUAGGGCCGUCACCCCGGGACAGCCUACGGGGAGCAAAUUCGUCUAUCCUGUCGACAAGCGCCGCACUCUGGAGAACGUGGAAGCUCUGCGCGAGGCCGAGGGCAAUUUGGACGCUUUCUGGGUCUCGAUUGAUCAUCUCAUAAUCGCUAAAGCUGGUGACUUGCGUGAUAGCGCAAUUCGGAAACUACUGUCCCAGCCACGCAUCUUACAACGUACCCGAGAGUGGGUUGAACCAGAGAAGCCGUCGCCCGCCGUACCAGCACAGCAGAAAGCAAUCGAAGUGGACCAGUACACUUGGUAUCAACCAAUUUCCAAAUUUUAUGCGGCUCCAACGGCGAAAGAUCUCGACAUCCAAAAACCCAAGAACAAGGUCAAGACUCGUUCGUGGAAAGGCGCGCCCCGCCACGACCCCCACAGUAGCCGAAUCCUAACACAGCCCAAUCAUGUCGAUCCCCAGCGUUCUUUCCCAGUUGAUGCGCGGGCACUCAAGGUCUUCCGUACUGUUUUCUUCAACCCUGCCACGACUUCCACACCGGGUGAAGUCCCGUGGAAUGAUUUUCUGCAUGCCAUGACGUCUGUCGGUUUCACGGUCAUGAAGCUUUACGGGUCUGUUUGGCAAUUCCAGUCGACCAGGCUGGAUGUUGAAAGAAACAUUCAAUUCCACGAGCCCCAUCCGCGGGGUAAAUUGCCUUUUACGGUCGCUCGUCAAUAUGGGCGACGGUUGAAUAGGGCGUACGGUUGGUUUGGAGACAUGUUUGUCUUGGCUAAGAAGUGA